AUGAUACCAAAAUAUGCCCAGCAUCCUCUUUCCUUGUAUUUUGCCAUUGAUGAGGUCAACAAGAAUGCCAAGCUGUUCCCCAACAUCACAAUAACACUGCAGAUUUAUCGAAACAGUUUCAAUGCCUGGAAGGCCAGUAAGCAUGUUUUAAAUUUUCUGUUUCUCAGACAAGGGAGUCCUAUCAACUUCAACUGUGUCAGAAGAAGGAAUCUGAACUUCUUGCCUAUCAUUGGUGACCUCACCUCGCUCAAUUCCAUCCAGAUGGCCCACAUGUUGAACAUCUACAAGUUUCCACAGCUGAAUUAUGGCUCCUUUGACCCAGUCCUGAGUGACAAAGGGCAAUUCCCUUCCUUCUUCAGUAUGGUUCCCAAUGAAAAUUUGCAAUAUGAGGGGAUUGUUCACUUACUAAAACAUUUUGGAUGGAACUGGAUUGGCCUCUUGGUCUCAGAGGACGAGAGUGGGGAACUUCACUAUUUUCUGAAAAACACCCGUUUUAAUAACAGUAUGGGAGAAGAAUUUUUUUUUGAUGAGAAAGGGGAGUUUGACCCGGGAUACGACAUCUUCAACUUUGUCUCCUUCCACAAUAAAUCGUUCCAGAGAGUCCGGAUUGGAAAGAUGGUCUCCAAAUCUCUUGAUGGGAAGAAGUUCACCAUUAAUGAAAGUGCCAUUGUAUGGAAUCAGAAGUUUCAGCAGUUGGAAGUGACUUGUUCUUCUUCAUGUAUUUCAGAUGCAAACCAAUGUGAGAGAUGCCCAGGGGAUCAGUAUUCGAAUGCAGAAAAGAUCCAAUGCCUUCCAAAACGUUUCAGCUAUUUAUCCUAUGGUGAACCCUUGGGAAUCGUUUUGAUUUCCUUGAUCCUUUUCUUUUCAUUAGUUGUCAUUUUGGUGGCACUGGCCUUCAUUCUGCACUGGGACACCCCUAUUGUCAAAGCCAACAACAGGAACAUCACAUGCAUCCUUCUUUCCUCUCUUCUGAUGUGUUUUCUGUGCUCUCUGCUCUUCAUAGGUCGGCCUGGGAAGGUGACUUGCUUUCUCAGGCAAAUUAUGUUUGGCACCAUUUUCUCUCUCUCGGUUUCUUGUAUUCUGGCCAAGACCAUCACGGUUGUUUUGGCCUUCCUGGCCACUAAGCCAGGAAACCAGAUGAGGAAAUGGCUAGGAAAUAGACUGGCAGGAUCCAUCAUUGUCUUCUGCUCAUGUAUUCAAGCUAUUAUCUGCAUGAUAUGGUUGAUCAUGUCUACUCCCUUCCCUGAGUGGGACAUGCAUUCGCAGGUUCAAGAGAUCAUUGUUCAAUGUAAUGAAGGCUCAGAUGCCAUGUUUUACAUUGUCCUGGGCUACUUGGGGCUCCUGGCCACCAUCAGUUUCACUGUGGCUUUCUUUGCCAGGAAACUGCCUGAUACUUUUAAUGAAGCCAAGCUGAUCACCUUCAGCAUGCUUGUGUUCUGUAGCAUUUGGGUGUCCUUCAUCCCAGCCUAUCUGAGCACCAAGGGAAAAUACAUGGUGGCUGUGGAGAUCUUCUCCAUCUUGGGCUCUACUGCAGGUCUCCUGGGUUGCAUCUUCCUGCCCAAAUGCUACAUCAUUCUCUUGAAUCCACAUCUGAACACAAAACAGCAUCUAACCAGGAGGACAGAUUAACAAUGAAUAAUUCUGUAAUUCAGCCUUUACCUGGUUACCAAAAACAUUCAUGGGAAAAGU